CGCACCUGUGCCCAUUGCCUUCUUUCUUGUCCCCGCAAUCGCAUCAGCAUCCUGUCGAUUCAUUCCUUCAUUCCCUGCCCAUCCCUGCAUAGCGACCUUCUGAACCAUUCCCACUUCCUUUCACCAUCCCAAGCAGACCCGCUCACUGAGCCUCUUUAUCGCGUCGUGGUUGAUAUAUACCCCAAGAAAACGACAAACGAAAGAAAUGUCCUCGUAUCUUCCUUGGUAUCUAUCGUACUCGUUAGCAGCAGCAGCGGUCGCGAUCCUAAGCGGAGGAGCACUUCUAUACCAUUUCCAAUGCGAGAUCAUCUACCCUGCCAACUUUCCUGAAGGUUCCAGGACACAGGUCGCGAAGCCGUCGCAGUAUGACAUGCCGUUCGAAGAUUUGACUUUGGUGACGCCGGACAAGGUCAAGGUCCGCGCUUAUCUGAUCAAGCAACCUGACGAUCUCGUUGCGCGCAGACGACCCACGAUUCUCUAUCUUCACGCCAACGCAGGAAACAUGGGGCAUCGACUUUCAAUUGCGGAUGUGUUUUAUAGGCAAUUUGGAUGCAAUAUCUUCAUGUUAUCUUAUCGCGGAUAUGGGCUGAGUGAGGGCAGUCCAUCAGAGAAAGGCCUCAGGAUUGAUGCUCAGACGGCGCUGGACUACAUCAAGAGGCAUCCAGUACUCUCGGAAACAAAGCUGAUUGCGUAUGGACAGUCGAUUGGAGGUGCCGUUUCAAUCGACAUCGUGGCCAGGAAUGAAGAUGACUUCUCAGGAUUGAUCAUUGAAAAUACCUUUUUGAGCCUGCCAAAAGUGAUUCCUCACGUCCUGCCAAUGAUCAGUAAAGUCUCAUUUCUCUGCCAUCAGAUCUGGAACUCGGAGCAAAUGGUUAAGCAGAUCACAAGGCUGCCGGUCCUAUUUCUUUCAGGGCAGAAGGACGAGCUUAUCCCCCCCGGGCAUAUGCAGGAGCUCCGUCGACUCUUAGAUACCACUGGAGAAGUCGUCUGGCGCGAAUUUCCACAAGGGACCCAUAACGACACCUGCUUGAAACCUGGAUAUUUUGAAGCCAUCAAAUCCUUUCUGGACUGCAUCAUGGGGGAAAAGUAGAUAUCUCUGCAGGAUCUGUGCACCCACGACAGCAGAUAGAAUCAAGUUUACGUGGGCGCAGCAGCAUUGUCUUUUCCCUUCAUAAAAAAUGAAGUAUCUUUAAUUUUAUUGAAAUGAUUUACAACGUACGCCAUCCGCCUAUGUCGUACGAUUGUUCAAUCUUGCGAGCAACAUGGAUCGGGAUGCCAUGGGUCAACCAAAGCCGCCGGAGAUCAUCAUAUCGCAGUGGAUUUAAGAACU